UGGAAUUGCGCCAGUAAGUUCAGUGAAAGUCUUCGCACUUCUCAUACCUAGGUCAGACUUAAGUUUCGAGUUUGCUAAACAUAAGCUGAACUGUAGCAGAAGAGGGGUCAAAUUCUACCGAAACGUCCGAAAACGAUAAAGCGUUUGAAAAAAAAAAGGCCACAAAACGAGAUGUCAACAGAAGGUUACUACUAUUAUCGCUGCCCUUGUCCGUCCAGCGAGUGUAACGGAGCCAUCUGCAGGUACCCCGAGGUGCUUCCGUCUCCUGCCUCUACCUUCUCUCCCUCGUCCUGUUCAUUCUAUCCACCCGAGAGAAAGCUCGUUCCCUUCACGGCGCUUGGACAGGUCGAACAAGACGUGCGCUCAAUAACCAAGCACAUCAGCUCGCCAUCUUCACGCGAGCCUUUGAGAUGGGGCGCAUAUCCUAUGACGGAAUUACCGCUGAAUAAACCUGAGCCAGCAAGACCGAGCUAUACUAGCAAUGCUUGCCUUCCGUCUAUGGUAACAACAACCAACGCCCAGUCCAACACAGCUGCAAAACCACUGGCGGCCCGGUCUUCCCGCGUGCGCAGAGUUCGUACAGCAUUCACGCCCUUCCAGUUACUGUGUCUUGAGACGUCCUUCGACAAGAACCACUACGUGGUGGGAACGGAGCGUAAACAGCUCGCCUCAUACCUCAAGCUGAGUGAGACACAAGUCAAAGUCUGGUUCCAAAACAGAAGGACCAAGUGGAAGCGACAGGCACUCGAGGGUAACACCAACAUGCAUAAGAACCCGCUAUCACCCUAGUAAGGCUUCCUCCCUGUAUCAACUUACAGAACUUUCACGUGUCUGGGAAGAACAUUUACAUGACCAAGAACACGUGUCACCUCAGCUUGAAAAAGCCUGAUAUUCAGGUCGCCUUGGUACGGUAUCUUCCGUAUCAAACUUACCGGACUUCGAGAUACACUGUGUUUAGAGGGAAUAUUCACAUGCACACAAAAAACUGUGACCUCAGCCAGAGAAAGACUGACAAUCAGUGUACAAACACGCCAUCGCUUAGUACCUUACCGACUGAUUCGGUGUCAAGUACCGAAAGGCCAUAACAUGCAUGAGUAUACCUGGUCCCAUAGUGGCCGAGAAGCCGACUCGAUGUAUCGGUAUCUUGGUGUACAUAACGGAAAGAGACUCGGGUAUUAGCCCUAUAGAAGUAUAUGAUGCAAGGAGCAAAGAUCUGUCUUAUGGUACACAUAGUACAUUUGAAUUUGAGGGAAUUCGCCCGUGAGUGCCAAGUAUAGUCUGAACUUUGGUAUGUUGUAAACGACAUAAAACUUUGCAUAGCAAAAACAUAAUGUACAGUAAUGAGUAAUUAGUGUUUAAUAAAUUGUGCAAAAUAAAUCUAUUAUAAAAACUGCAAA